AGCAAUGAAGAACGACGACGUCCAUUCAUUUUUCUUGGUCGUCGUCCUCGUGCUUGCGGCGGCCUUGUCGCCCGCAGUCGCCACCGCCGCCCAGUGGCAGCUCCUGAAGAGUAGCAUUGGCGUCUCAGCGAUGCACAUGCAGCUUCUCCCCAACGACCGCGUCGUCGUCUUUGACCGCACAGACUUCGGCCCGUCCAACCUUUCCCUCCCUGAUGGCCGAUGCCGCGACGACCCCCGCGACUGGACGCUCAGCCACGACUGCACCGCGCACGCCGCCGAGUACGACGUGGCUACCAAUGCUGUGCGCGCCCUCACCUUGGAGACCGACCCCUGGUGUUCCUCCGCCACCCUCGACCCGGACGGCCGCCUCGUCCAGACCGGCGGCGCCAACGACGGUGAGCGCGCUGUCCGCUACUUCAACCCCUGCUUUGACUGCGACUGGAAGGAGGAACCCGCCGGACUCGCCGCCCCGCGUUGGUACGCCACCAACCACGUCCUCCCUGACGGCACUGCCAUCGUCGUCGGCGGCCGCUCCCAACCCAGCUUCGAGUUCGUCCCUAAGAACAGAAUUACCUCCGCCGUAGUCCUUCCUCUGCUCCGCGACACCAACGACCACGGCGAGCUCAACAACCUCUACCCAUUCGUCUACCUCAACGUCGACGGCAACCUCUUCAUAUUUGCCAAUAACCGCUCCAUCCUCUUCAACUACAACACCAACACCGUCGUCCGUGAGUACCCACCAACCCCCGACGGUGACCCCCGGAAUUACCCCUGCACCGGCUCCUCUGUUCUCCUUCCCCUGCCGCCAUCGGGAGACAACGUCCAAGUCCUCAUCUGCGGCGGCGCCCCGCGCGGCGCGUUCGUGAAGGCCUCCACUCAGAAGCUCUUUGUCGGAGCGCUCAAAACGUGUCUCAGGAUGGGCAUCAACGACCCCUCGCCGACAUGGUCGAUCGAGACCAUGCCUUCGUCGCGGGUGAUGGGCGACAUGGUCCUCCUUCCCGACGGCGACGAGGUGCUCAUUGUCAACGGCGCCGCGGCCGGGUCCGCCGGGUGGGAACUCGGCCGCGACCCAGUCUUGGCGCCGGUGGGGUAUCGGCCCGGCGCCCCGGCCGGAGUCCGGUUCGAGGUCAAGACCCCAACCACGGUGCCGAGGAUGUACCACUCCUCGGCCGUGUUGCUCCGGGAUGGCCGGGUGCUCGUCGGCGGCAGCAACCCGCACGCAUUCUACAACUUCACCGGCGUGGACUACCCGACAGACCUCAGCCUGGAGGCCUACUCGCCGGAGUACUUAGCGCCAGAGAAAGCGGAGCUGCGGCCAAGGGUGGUUGCGGCGCCGAAGGACUUGGUGUACGGGGAGCGUUUCACGGUGCGGUUCGACGUGGCGGCGGUGAACGAGAAGCAGGUGCGGGUGACAAUGUUGGCGCCGUCCUUCGCGACGCACUCGUUCUCGAUGAACCAGAGGCUGCUGAUCUUGGAGGCCGAGGAGACGGCCCCUGCAGUAGAAGAAGAUGAAUGGGUGUACGAGGUGGCGGUAGUGGCGCCGAGGUCGGCGUUCAUAGCGCCGCCAGGGUAUUACAUGUUGUUCAUUGUGAACGGAGGGAUACCGAGCGAGGGAAUCUGGGUCCAUAUCCAACCGCAAUAGUCGAUUAAACGUGCACCAAAUGCAUGAUAAAUUGAAGUAGUAUAUGCUUAAUUAAUUAAUUAAUUAACUUAAAAACCAAGUUAAUUAAGUUAAGUAUGCCGUUAAUCACUCUUCGAUUUCAGCUUAUGAAAUAAUGAAAGACAAAGACUUAA